GUCUCCAGUCUGCAGAAGAGAGAACUAGUGCCCACAGAAAUGAAGCGGCUUGCUAGGAGAUAACCAGAGGAAUGAAGGGGGUUAAAUAUGUUUCUAGUUGAAGGCAGUCUGAAUGAGAAACCUACCCCAUGCUAUUAUUUGUAUUGCACUUGUGUCCAUUUAUCUGAUAAAAGUAAAUGCAGAGGCUUCCUUCUGGCCGUCUUCCACCAUUUCACUUGUUAUUUUCCUGUCACCAAGGGCUCGCGAGGUUUUGAGAAUGAGCUGAAGGAGCACAGGCGUUGGCGGAGGACACGGUUCAUGUAUCAGUAAGGACUUUUGAUGGUCGUGCUAGUUCUGCUGAGCUGAAUGCAGUGUCAUCUCAUCAAGUGUUUGAAAUCGGUGCGUUUCAGAAACUUGAUACUGAAGGAGUAAAGGGAAGACUGGCAAAACUGGGCAUUAAACCCAGACCUUAGAGACUAGCCUUCCUUUUUCAAACUGCAAUGAGUUAAGCAACAUUAAGGCCGUUUCUAUGUCAAGAAAAACCUGGUUUGUGUGAAAUCCCCCAUUCCCUCUGCCCGAAUCUCUUCCUCUGAAGUGGUCACCAGCGUGUGGAGCCUGCCCCACACCCAUCACCUGCCAAACCACGGCCUUUACCUGUGUCUUCCGGUGUUUCCCGUGCGACCCGUCCUGUGGGAGUGCCUCCUGGGCCACCCCGGAGUUCACACAGCGCUCAGUGGCUCCAAUGGUGAAGAUGACAAGGUCCAAGACUUUCCAGGCAUAUCUGCCUUCGUGCCACAGGACCUACAGCUGCAUUCACUGCAGGGCUCAUCUUGCCAACCACGAUGAGCUCAUUUCCAAGUCCUUUCAAGGGAGCCAAGGACGAGCAUACCUCUUCAAUUCAGUAGUUAAUGUGGGUUGUGGCCCUGCAGAGGAGCGGGUGUUAUUAACAGGAUUACAUGCGGUUGCAGAUAUUUACUGUGAAAACUGCAAAACCACACUGGGUUGGAAAUAUGAACACGCUUUUGAAAGCAGCCAGAAGUAUAAAGAAGGCAAAUACAUCAUUGAACUAGCUCACAUGAUCAAGGAUAAUGGCUGGGAUUGAAUGGAAAGAGCCCAGCCCUACCAGCGUGUAAGAGAAUGCCAUCCAACCGAACAUUAUAUCCAAGAGUGAGAGAGUGACUGAACGCUUGGUUCCAUGCAUUUAGAGGCUCUGCAAUUUGGGAGCAUCUUCACACCCUUCUCCAUCUUUAUUGGUGACUGGCCUCUAAAUUUCUGUCUCUCUGUCUCUUUGCUUUGUAUCUGUUUGUGAGUUGACCCUGGCUGCUUCUCUCUCUGUUCUGGCGUUGGCUAAGAGAAUGCACCGAAUGCCCGACAGCCAUUCCAUGUUGACAAAUGUUUAAGUACAAACUGAAGUUGGCUCUGUGGUGGCAUUUUAUCAGAAAGUCUCGGUGCGGGAGGAAGACCCAAGUUUUGGGCAGGAGAAGGUGAUAGGGGGUGGGGAGUGGGCCCGAAGGGAAGUCAUCAGAAGUUGAAACUGUACUUCUCCUUUAAGUCCUGGUUAACCAAGGCUUGAAACUAUCUACUUGUCUAAAUGGACAGAAAAAUACCUCACGGCUGCGUUCUCUCUGAAUUGUAAAACCGCUGCUCCAUCGGUGGAGCUUCAGUCUAAGCCGGCUGAGCACAAGUCAUAACCAGUUCCCCCCUCAAGCUAAUUGCAAAUCUGUGUUUUGUUUGCCAUUGAUGAACUCGUUGUGUGGGGGGGGUGGAGGACCUGAAGGCUGGAGAGAUUCCCUGCCUCUCCUUUUUCUUGCUGUUUCAGGGUAGGGAGGCCAAACAUCCCAACAGAGCACAGCUGGGGGGAGCAUCCUCACAGCUGGAGAAACCAAAUCCUGACCCGAGCCCUUCAGAGAGGAGGAGAAGACCACUUACAGCACAAGGGGGCUGGAGCUACAUCUUAGAAGACAUGACGGGGGGGACAAAAAAGCACGUGCUAGGCAAGGAAGAGGAAAUUACGUAGAGGAGGAUGGGGACAGACUUAGUAACGCAGGGUACCCCUUGAUUUCCUGGCCUCCACUGAGCAUCCUUGGGGGCCUUUUACCAAUCCUUCCUUCACAAGUGCGAGUAGGAAAAUGCUGUUACAGAAUCUUUUUAUUAAAUCCCAGGCCCCAGCCGUCAGCUCUGCUCUUGGAGCCUGGCAGAGAAAUGGUGUGAGAGUGGGGAGAGGAGGGAGCAGAGGAGUUGUGGCAGUAUUGCACAGGUGGAUAUUUCAAGCCAUGAGGUAUCCUCCCCAAAACCUUCCCCCCCCUUUUCCCACUCCCAGAAGCCUGUUGCAGGCACAGGGAGGAUGGGAAAGAGAAAAGAAACUAAACAUCUUCCCCCUACCCCUGAAAUUGUCUAUGCCUUGAAGUUUAAAGAGGAGGGGUAGAUGUGGGCAUCAUAACUGCAAGGGACAAGUCCUUCCCAUUUUAAUUUUUCAUUUUAAUUAGCGUGGACCUUCCCGAGGUGGUUGGUGGGGAAGGGGCAUUGCGUAUGGAAGGGGAGCUGAGUUAGACAUAAAUGACAAUGUGAAGUUUGCUCUGCAGCAGUCCAGCCAGUAUCUGGUGCAUAACUCAAGACUAUUUAACUGAAUUAGUUUUAUCUCUCUGAGUGAAUUUUCUUUUUUGUUUGUGGAAUUCUUUCAAGUAGGUUAAUCCACUGGGGGAAAUCUUUCUUAAUCCAGAAGGAAAGAGUAUUGUGCAGGGGUUUGUAACUCCUUAUGAAACGGAAGCUUUGGAGCUGUAAUCUGUUGUCGCUCGCCCCCACCCCCAGGAGGCUCGUGGUUAGUGGUGGGGGUCAGGACAGGGCUGGUGGGGAGAAGGUAAUUUGCUGUUAAACGAAGGGGAUGUGAGCAGGGACAUUAUUUAUGGAUCAGGGUGGAACUUCUGUGGUGGGUCCUCGUGCAGAAACCCAAACCUGGUGGCCCCUCCAAGCAAAAGGCUGUUUUUUCUCUUGAACCACUAUUCUCUACAACCUUGGAGAGGGAAGUGAGAUGGAGGUUGGCCAUGGCUCCUGCAGUGGAUGGAGUUGGCUGGGUUUGUGCCUGACCCAUUAGGAGGUGGCCUCUGCCUUCCCUCGUUCUGCUGUGGCUGUGUAACAGUUGCUUCAGCUUUCAUUUCUGAUUGUCUCUGCUUCCAUCACCCACAUUCCCUUCAGUGAUAAAAAAACUAGUAGAAAUCAAAAAAUACUGCAGUACCCACUACCUUGUUGACUUUGGCACUGACCUGGGUCUCAUUUUCCUGUCCUUGGGUUGGUGAUCCAUGACGAUUUAUUGGGGUUUGACUAGUGGGAAGUAAUUUGUGUUCUUUGAAGAGCCCUCCAGUCUCCCCAGAUACGUAGCCUUUAAAAGGGUCUGGUUGGAGCUGGGAGAAGUAAGGGAUAACCCCAAAUCAUUAAUACGAGCUUGAGAAAGAGAGCGCACAGGGGCUCAUGGUUUUAUUAUGUUGGUUUUUAGAGUGAUUGCCUAUAAAAAAGCAAUAUAAAAAGUAAACCUGUCUGAAGGCUGCUCUGAGAAAUAACAACAGCUACUACAGAGAGCUACCAGAUGUAAAUGGUUUUUAAUCCAUAUAUUUGGGACAAGAAAGGACGAUGAGCCAUCAGAUCGGGCUGUUUUUAACUGUUCGCAGGGGUUACGCUUUUAAUGGCAACCAGUCUAAGCUUGAAUACGGCCAGAUCUUAAUCUGGUUUUAAUUGGUUUUGUCCCAUCAGCAUCCACAGAUUUACACUU